CAGCAGCGGGAGCGGCGCCGGAGGAGCCUUCCCAGCCCGGCUCCUCGCUGCCCGUGACCUUCCCGGGGCUCCCCGCCGCCUCCCAGGCCGGGGCAGGGCCUCCUCUCCCCGCGGAGCUUGUCUGCAGGCCCCGGGGAGGGGGCAGGAGGCCGGACCGGAGCCCCCGCCUCCGGGUCCCGCUGGCCGCCGGGCCGGGCCUGUGCACAGCGCGCAUCGCCGCCGGGGACUGGCGAGGGGGGCGGCGGGCUGCAUCCCAGGGCAGCAUGGAGGAGCGAGCGGGCAGGCCCUGAAGAAGAGCCGGGCAGGCAGGAGAGGAGGGAGCCGUGGGCUCCGCUUCUCGGAGGGAGAGGGGGCCCCCCUCCUGGCUGCUCCCGCGUCCCAUGAAGAGCCGGGAAACCGGCGCCUCCCUUGCCUGGAGAGACCCCCCCGGAGCGCCGGGCUGCAGGGACUGAACGGGACCCGCCUCCCCGCAGCAGAGGAGGAAAAGCUUCAUUGUGCUGGGGGCAGGAGCGGGGGCUGUGUCCGCGUCCUGCCUGCCCCUGUGUCCGCACCGGUCCCGAGGGGCAAAGAGAGAGCCCGCGAGCCCGGCAUCCACCUUCUGCACAGCCCCCUGCUUCUCCGCAGCCGCGCCGAGAAGAGAGUAAUAUGUGGGAAGCUGUGGACUACGCGUUUCCGACAUAGGAACAGCACUGGGUUGGGAAUCUCUACUUCUGAGAGAAUGCUGGGAAUCUGCAGAGGGAGACGGAAAUUCCUGGCUGCCUCUCUGACUCUCCUUUUUGUUCCAGCCUUUACCUGGAUUUACCUGUUUUCUGGGAGUUUUGAAGAUGGGAAGGCAGUGUCGCUGUCGCCAAUCGAAUCUCAGCCCCAUAGCCCUCAUUACACAGCUUCGAACCAGCGGGAGCGGGAGAGCUUGGAAAUACGCAUGCGGGAGGUGGAGGAGGAGAACCGGGCGCUCCGCAAGCAGCUCAGCCUGGCGCAGAGCCGGAGCCCAACGCACCAUCGUGGCAAUCAUUCAAAAACCUACUCCAUGGAGGAGGGGACUGGGGACAGUGAGAGCCUGCGGGCUGGCAUCGUGGCAGGGAACAGCUCAGAGUGUGGGCAGCAGCCAGCAGUGGAGAAGUGUGAGACGAUCCAUGUCGCCAUUGUUUGUGCUGGAUACAACGCCAGUCGGGAUGUUGUCACGCUUGUCAAAUCGGUCUUAUUUCACAGGCGAAACCCUCUUCACUUCCACCUCAUUGCAGAUGCUAUUGCCAAACAGAUCCUGGCGACUCUCUUCCAGACCUGGAUGGUCCCUGCUGUGCGCAUAGACUUCUAUGAUGCAGAUGAGCUCAAGUCGGAAGUAUCCUGGAUCCCCAACAAACACUACUCUGGGAUUUAUGGGUUGAUGAAGCUGGUUCUGACAAAGACUCUCCCUUCCAAUCUCGAGCGAGUCAUUGUCCUCGACACAGACAUAACCUUUGCCACUGACAUUGCUGAGCUAUGGGCCGUCUUUCACAAGUUCAAAGGCCAGCAGGUUCUCGGCUUGGUGGAGAACCAAAGUGACUGGUAUCUGGGCAACCUUUGGAAGAAUCACCGUCCCUGGCCAGCUCUUGGGAGGGGUUACAACACAGGGGUUAUCCUGCUACUUCUGGAUAAGUUGCGAAAGAUGAAAUGGGAACAGAUGUGGAGACUCACAGCUGAAAGAGAGUUAAUGAGCAUGCUGUCAACCUCAUUGGCUGACCAGGAUAUCUUCAAUGCCGUCAUCAAACAAAACCCGUUCCUUGUCUACCAGCUUCCAUGUUUCUGGAAUGUGCAGCUGUCUGACCACACACGUUCUGAACAGUGCUACAGGGAUGUGUCUGACCUAAAGCUUCAGAAGCAGCUGUCCGAGCUGGAUGAGGAUGACCUGUGCUACGAAUUUCGUCGGGAGCGCUUCACCGUCCAUCGCACUCAUUUAUAUUUUCUACAUUAUGAGUACGAGCCUGCCUCAGACAACACUGAUGUAACUCUGGUGGCUCAGCUGUCAAUGGACAGGCUCCAGAUGCUUGAAGCUAUCUGCAAACAUUGGGAGGGUCCAAUCAGCCUGGCACUCUAUCUUUCUGAUGCAGAGGCCCAACAAUUCCUGCGCUAUGCCCAGGGCUCGGAAGUCCUCAUGAGCCGACGCAAUGUUGGGUACCAUAUAGUGUACAAGGAGGGGCAGUUCUAUCCUGUGAAUCUCCUGCGGAAUGUGGCCAUGAAGCACAUCAGCACACCAUACAUGUUCUUGUCUGACAUUGACUUCUUGCCCAUGUAUGGACUCUACGAGUACCUCAGGAAGUCUGUCAUCCAGCUAGACUUGGCCAAUACCAAGAAAGCUCUGAUCGUACCUGCUUUUGAGACCCUUCGGUACCGCCUCUCCUUCCCCAAGUCAAAAGCAGAGCUGUUAUCUAUGUUGGACAUGGGAACCCUCUUCACAUUCAGGUAUCACGUCUGGACGAAAGGGCAUGCACCAACGAACUUUGCCAAGUGGCGGACUGCUACCACACCUUAUCAAGUUGAGUGGGAAGCAGACUUUGAGCCAUAUGUUGUUGUGAGACGGGACUGCCCAGAGUAUGACAGAAGGUUUGUAGGAUUCGGCUGGAACAAAGUAGCUCACAUAAUGGAACUGGAUGCACAGGAGUAUGAAUUCAUAGUGCUGCCCAAUGCCUAUAUGAUCCAUAUGCCGCAUGCUCCCAGCUUCGACAUCACCAAGUUCCGCUCCAACAAGCAAUACCGCAUCUGUCUGAAGACCCUGAAGGAGGAGUUCCAGCAGGAUAUGUCACGCAGCUAUGGCUUUGCAGCCCUCAAAUAUCUCACGGCAGAGAACAACAGCUAGCACUACGGAGCCUGUUUACGGGAAACAGACACUCAAGGGAGGAGCCACUUAAUGUUUGGGGCCCAGUCUUUUAACUUGGAACUGAGACACUUUUUUGUUUUUAUAUCAUACCCAACAGUUCUAACAGUAGAGAUUUGAAGCGACAUGACUUCAGACUGUGCUCAGCCACUUCCCUUCCACCCCCGCCUGCCAGGCUUUCAGCUUUAGCAUUCGCAAGGUGUGAAUAAGAGGGUCCAGCCAUGCGCCCAUCAUAUCACAAACGGUGUGGAGCGGGGGUGGGACGGGAAUAUGUUUUCUGUUCUCAAAACAGUUGAGCAAAGACAGAUCUCCAGAAAAUAGGAUUUAAUGUUGCUAUUUAAUAAUUCCACAUGCUUUUUAUCUGUAAAGGAAGAUCUUCGGGUCACUGUCCUGUGAAUUUUAAACCCACACUGCUCUAAAAGGGGAACUUUCACCUGUGAACUUUCACAUUGCCCCUCUUGAUAGGGAUGGCUAUUCUAAUGAAGGGCAAGGCAAAGAUUUGAAAUAGCCUUGAAAAUGAAGGGGAAGCAUAUACCAUAUCCCACUAUAGAGAAGGUGUGCUAAAGGCCGAGGCAUAUCCAUGGGAUCAAUUGGUCAUUGAUUCUCAAGUUAAUUCUGUUUGAUCUAGAAACCUCCCCUGCCCCUGCCAUACAAUCCAUUCCUUCCCUUUUAAAAGGAAAUUUUGUCCUUCAUUCUGCUUGUCAAUCCCCAGUUCUAGCAGUCCAAUAAAAAAGAUUGGUGCCUCUACCAGAAUGUGAAGGAACCUGUCAGUGUAAGGCCUGUUUUCACCUGAGCAAUUCAUUCACAUGUAUCUAGUGAAAUAAAUGGCCAUGUUGUAGCUUGGUUACCAUU